CUUCCGCAAGGACAGCCCCAAUAGACCAGCUCCGGGCUCAGGUCCACUUAGUCCUCCUUAAGUGACCCAGCGCUCCCCCUUAACUCCGCCCACUCUGAGGAGUAGACUGUUAGGAGAGCGAAACUACAGAUCCCAGGAUGCAGGUGUCCCUCUCAACCUCUAUAUAGCCCGCUCGCUCCCCUCAUUGCAUUCUGGGAAGUGUAGUUUCUAAGCAGUAUCUGCGUUCACUGUCUAGGAAACCAGGGCUUUUAGGCUUGAGAGAUACGUCUUUCUACUGGCCCCGCCCUUUACAUUGACCCCGCCCCAGGUUGCUUAGGAGAUGAGAGAAGCCGAAUCUUGGGCUGUGUCGGCACAGGCAACAGGAUAGGUGCAGAGAGAAAUCCUCUGAGAUCUGUAACAGGAGGGCAGCCAUGGGGAGCUGUGACAGCUCCUGCCAGGGUUGGUGUAGCGGUAGUCAACACUGGUUUGAACUUGGACCCACGGACUUGAUGGAGCGCAAGGGCUCCCUAACCCUCCGCUCCCAUCACAAGAAAUACUCGAAGCCAGUGCUGGUGUAUUCCUGGCACCGUGACAGAGAAACUUAUCCCAAAGAUUAUGAUAUAGAGGGUCCUGAAGAAGUUAAAAAACUGUGUAAUUCAACAUAUUGGCGACUUGGAACCAACGAACCCCCAAUUUGGAUAUCAGAAACACAUGAGAAAAUGGCACAAGUUUGUUUAAACACAGAAUUGGCUGAAAUAAAGAGCAAGGCUUUAUUGAAUGAGGAAACGAUAAGCUCUGGAAUUAUUGAAAGGGACACUGGAUUGCCUGCCACAGGUUUUGGAGCUCUCUUUCCUAGACACCCAUCAGAUUGGUGUGCAUUGACAACAUAUGCUGAAGAAUAUGCUCCACCGUAUGAAUAUCAGCCACGUGGUUAUCCUUGUCAAGAUGAUGAUUAUUCAGUUGUCUACAGAAAAUGCCGUUCUCAGUUCACAGAUCUAAAUGGUUCCAAAAGAUUUGGCAUCAACACCUGGCAUGAUGAGAGUGGGACUUAUGCCAAUUCAUAUGUAAAACGAAAACUCUACCCAUUAACCAGUGGCCUUGUUGUUCCCUUUUUAAAAUAAUGUACGGAAUCAGAUUCUAUAACUAAUGAAAGGUAAUGGAUGUAGCAGUUGAUGAUUUUCUAUCCUAAUAAAUGCAGUGGAAAUAUUA